UUUUUGUUUUAGCUACCCAGUGAGAGGGUGCAAUAUACAUAAUGGGCCUCUUAUUGUUAGUACUUUUCGUCGUUUAUUCUAUUGUUGGCCACUCUCAAGCGCUGACAAUUCAAUGUGCAACUAACAGUUUUAUAUGCAACUCGUCAGCUCGAAAGAGCUACUAUAGAUGCGUAAAUGGAGUCUACGACGAUAAAUCUUUAUUAUUCGAUUGCCCUAUUUCGACGUACUGUAUUGAUGGGGUAACUUCGGGGAUGUCUGGAAUAUAUACAGUAUCUACAGCAGGAACGACCCAACCAACCCGAUUGACCACAACCACACCGGGUCAAACAACGCAAUCUAUCACACCAGGCCAACCAACAGAAUCGAUCACAUCCGACGAACCAAGCGAAUCGACCACACUGGACCAACCAACCCAAUCGACCACAACCACAACCACAACCACACCGAACCAACCAACCCAACCGGUUAUGACAACCCCGCCUGCACCAAAAACAACGAUUGAUUCAGUACCAGGGGGACCUUGCCUUUUUCUAACUUGCACCGGAAAUGGGGUUUUCCCUGUAGGUUCUUCAACAAAUCUUCCAGGCUGCGGGUUUUUUUACAGUUGCUCUGCAAGCGGGGGCCUCCCGACCGUGGUCGCUUGUCCAUCAGGAAAGCAUUUUAAUCAAAAUUCUACUAAUUGUGAGGACCCAGCGCUUGCUGGUUGCAAUCCUGCACUGUCAACUUCAUCAGCCACAACUGUUCAAAUCACUAGUACAACAACUCCUGCUGGUGUUACCACCAGACCACCUACUUUCACUGGGGCCCCAACCUGCGAAGGACAUGGCCGUCUAGCUGAUCCUCGAAGCUGCAGGCACUACUACAAGUGUGGAUCCUUUAAAACGCAGGGCAAACGAAUAAGGUGUCCAUUUCGGCUUCGCUUUGAUGAAGUUAAGAGUCGGUGCUCAAGGAAUGCCGACUGCGGCUCAAGGCCGCAAUGAAAUAAAAUUCACUAGAUUUGGAUUUAAAAAAUAUAUAAUUUAUUUUUGCUAUAGAAAAUAAGUCCAUGAUAAUAUGUUACAAAUUGAUAUUUCUCUUUUGGUGUUUACUAAACAUUCAAAAUAAAUUAUAUACCCAU